CUAUAAUAAAAUUACAUGCAUGGAACUGAGGGAGAGGGGACAGGAAAGGAAGAUUUUUUUAAAGCCAAACAAAAGGCACCAAAUGCAAAAAUCAUCAGACGUGACUGUGCUCGCCAUAUAUUUCCUGGAUAUUAGUCACCGCUGUUCCGUGAGACGUGCCUGAGGUUGUGGUAUUUUUUCUUGGCUUUUCCAGCUGGAGAUAACUGUAUUCCUGUCAAGCGGAUUGGAGUGAAAGUCCGCCAUAUUCUGCCUUACCACGCCCGGGAGUCUAGCAACUGGGAGGGGGGGAAAGCAUAAGCAUUUAUUCGUCUAUUUUCGUGCUGAUAUAGAAACGGAAAAUAAAGAUAGUUAAGAGUUCGCAUCUAUAUAAAGAAGGAAAGCAAAAUAAAGUGAGUGGAAUGGCAAGAAUGGAAGUGCACAGCAAGACCUCAUAGAAAGGCUACGGCUGCUUCUUAGAAGGAUCUGUUGCUCGAAUUCAGAAGGAAAGGCUGAGUACCUCUAUUAAGAUACUGACAAGCAGGCAGGGCUCUUACAGUCACUGUUUGCCAACAGACGGCUGGAAAGUGAAACGAAAGGAGGGGGUCCUAUAACUUAAACACAUAUUUUCUUUUUUCCUCUCUCCAUGUUCUCCUUUUAUCGUGGACGUGUCCAUGUUUUCCCGGUAUCUGCACAGAAGGGCGCCUUCCUGAACCUGGCAGAGCAUUUCAAUGUUUCCUUUUGAUUCGUACCGCAGCCAGCACUGAAUAUAUCGGCGACAAAAGACUAAAGCAAAGGUUUAUUUUUUGGGGAGGAGGAGGAGGGGGGAGCAAGAAUGACCCUGGAGUCCAUCAUGGCGUGUUGCCUUACUGAAGAGGCGAAAGAAGCCAGGCGGAUCAACAACGAGAUCGAGAGGCAGCUCCGACGGGACGAGAGGGACGCUCGCCGGGAACUGAAGCUGCUGCUGCUCGGAACCGGAGAGAGCGGGAAGAGCACUUUCAUCAAGCAGAUGAGGAUCAUCCACGGCUCAGGCUACUCGGAGGAGGACAAGAGGGGCUUCACCAAGCUGGUUUACCAGAACAUCUUCACCUCGGUGCAGGCCAUGAUCCGUGCCAUGGAAACACUCAAUAUCCCAUACAAAUAUGAACACAACAAGGGCCAUGCAAACACAGUGCGUGGGGUGGAUGUGGAAAAAGUCGCCACGUUUGAAAGCCUGUAUGGGGAUGCCAUUAAGAGCCUAUGGAAUGACCCCGGAAUUCAGGAGUGCUAUGACAGAAGGAGGGAAUACCAGCUGUCCGAUUCCACCAAAUAUUACCUGAAUGCCCUGGAUCGCAUCUUGAGUCCUUCCUACCUGCCUACCCAGCAGGACGUCCUGAGAGUGAGAGUUCCUACCACAGGGAUUAUUGAGUAUCCCUUCGACCUGCAGAGUGUCAUUUUCAGGAUGGUGGACGUAGGCGGCCAGCGAUCUGAAAGGCGUAAGUGGAUCCACUGCUUUGAGAAUGUCACCUCCAUCAUGUUCCUGGUGGCCCUCAGCGAAUAUGAUCAAGUUCUCGUAGAAUCUGACAAUGAGAAUCGAAUGGAAGAGAGCAAAGCACUAUUUAGGACAAUUAUCACGUAUCCCUGGUUCCAGAACUCAUCGGUCAUACUGUUUUUAAAUAAGAAGGACCUGCUGGAAGAGAAGAUCAUGUACUCUCACCUUGUGGACUACUUUCCUGAGUAUGAUGGUCCUCAGAGAGACGCCCAAGCUGGCCGGGAGUUCAUUUUGAAAAUGUUUGUGGACCUUAAUCCAGACAGCGACAAAAUCAUCUAUUCCCACUUCACCUGUGCCACAGACACGGAGAACAUCCGCUUCGUCUUCGCCGCCGUCAAGGACACCAUCCUGCAGCUCAACUUGAAGGAGUAUAACCUGGUGUAGUCAUGGCUGCGAACCACAGUUGGGAACCUGCAGCUGGGAACCUGAGUAAAGCUAGUCGGGGCAGUGCUGGUGACCGACACCUUCUGCCAGACGGACUGUAGAACCUGUGAAACAAAUUGACAAAGAAAAAAAUUGCAUUAUCCUAAUUUAUUGCCAUUCAAGACCCUAUGUUCACAGGGCUGCUAGUAAAUAUUAUUAUAUUUAAAAGGAAAAACAAAAUUAUCGGAAGGUUUAAAUGUUGCUCUUAAAUAUUUGCAGCACAGUUUCACACUUUUAGGCUAAACAUUGUGAAUUUUCAUUUUUAAAAUCUCAUUUUGUGCACUCAAGGAAGGAUAGGAGGCAUUCCUAACGCAAACCAAAUGAUUUCUCCUUCCAGAUCUGUUUUCAAAUUCCGCUCUAGCCCCCGUCCGUUCCCGUGUCACACACGGUUUCAGCGCUGAGCUGACCAAUCCGGGUCCACCUGUUAGCAAAGCAGUCUCUUCCAUUCAAGGUUGUGCACUCUUCUGAAGGUUGACAUGUAUUGAUACUGUGAUUUUUAAAUUAUUGAUAUAAAUUAUUACAUCCGUUUAGGUACUUCCUUUAUGAAUUUGACUGGGCAGAAAGGCAGGCGAGUACACUGGUUAGGGUUAUGAAGGAGCAGGACAUUGUAAUGGACACCAAUCCAGCCCCUUUUUAUAGUGGACUGGGACCAGUCUUGUUCAUAAAUCUGUCACAUGCCAGGAUGUGACGGUAUUUUCCAAAUGAAUCUUUCAGUGCCACGUCUUUGCUCUCAGAAAUUAACACCUUUAUCGCAGAUGCCAAAUGAAUACAACAGGACGUCCCUUGGAAUUUCCUUAAAAACAGUAUAAUUCAUGACAGUAUUUAAACAUGUGCUAAGUCUUAAAGAAGCUAUGAAGUUUCUUAUUUUGCAUCUCAUUGCUUUCCUGUAUUUCUUUUUCAAUGCCAAAAAAAACACUGGUUGCAAAAAGUUUUGACCGACAUCCUGUAUCCCAAUGCUGAUGUACCGUUACAGCAUUCGCUUAUAGAAGCUAACUUAGGGAGAGGUGCAUUGUGGGUGCCAAACUUACAGACUGAUAAAGUUUGGGUGCUCAGCUGUGCCAUUUCAAUUUCAUGAAAAGAGAAGAUUCUGGAACACAAUGCCCGUGUGAGGAUUUGCGGUUUCAUUUAAUGACAUUUGUCAAUAUUGAUCAACAUUUGACCAACAUUGUAGGAGCUCCUAUGUAUAUGACUGUGCAUUUUGAUGUAGGGGAGAAUGUGGUUUUGUUUUUAUUAUUAUUUUAUUUUUAAUUUGUAAUUAACUAGUGUAAACCUUUUGUGGCCAGUCUAUGCCCACUCAGGGUCUGUUCACCAAGGGGCCAAUGGAGCUGUCAGUUGCUAAGAUGCUGUCUAGGUUGCAUUUUUUCUUGCAGUCAGGACUGGCCCGCAACAGAGCUAAUGCACCACCCAGGUGCCACCCAGAUAUAGCCACGACCGUAGAGCUUUCUGGAGAGUUCUGGAAGAAUCGCAGUUGCAAAGGAGCCGAUGCACAUGUUUGGUCUAAUUAUGAAUGAAGCUGAUGCCUGCUGUAUAUCAGUGAAGACCGGUGACGUCACUAUGUACCAAAGUUAGCCUACAUCUCAGAUCAGCUCUGUUCCAGCCCUGAUUUAUAGCAAGUGUUUUUGUAAUAAUUCCCUUAACAUAAGCCUGUAAUUUACAAUUUAUUGAGGCAUAGUGCAAUUAUGAAUGCUAUAAUCAUUGUGCAUAUAUCUAAAAUUUAUAUAUAUAAUAUAUUUUAAGUAUAUUAUAUAUAUUAUAUAUUAUAGGCUUUGUAAUCAUACAUUUUUUGGCAGAUUGAAUGUGCAUUAUUAAAAAUAUGUAUCUAUGUAAUUGUAUGUCUUAUAACUAAUACAUUUUGCAUAAUUUUAUUUACUUUUUUAAAAAGAGGAGAAUGUACAUUUUUGUCAGUUCAUUUCUCAGCAAGCCGCAAAAAGAAUGGUAUCUUGUAUCAAAAGGUGUGCCAGUAAUUACAGUAGCUGUUCUAGACUUUGUUCAUUCCAGUUUUGUAUGGAAAACAAACAGCCGGACUAAUUACAUGGCUAGUUGUAUGUGUUUGACAUGAAAGUGGCUCCUCUUAGGGCGCUUGUCGUGCAGGACUUGCAGCACCUGAACUCCCUCCUCCUCCUCAGUUUGCUAGGCUGUUUCUGACUGGUUUAUAACGUCUGGAUGGGAUGAAUCUGCCCCCACAGUGGCAUUUCAUGUGCCAUAUUCUUUAUUCUCAUAAGUAGUCUGUUGCUUGUUGAUCUUUCCAUACCUUAAGAACAAAAUAAACACUUUUACCACU